CGUCGGACAGCACAGUACAUAGUACGUAACAUCCGGACCCGAGCCUCACAUUCCCGUUUCUCAACCCUACAACGAAGCUGUUUUCACGUGCUGAGGCUACGUACGCAAACGGCAUCAUGGCUCUCGACCCGCGCGCUCUUGAGGAGAAGGCAAAGAAAACGCUCCAGAGUGCAUCUGGAGGAUUUAGCUUCUUCAGCAACAAGGAAGACAAGUACCAGAAUGCGGCUGAGCUCUACAUCCAGGCGGGUAAUGCCUACAGGUUGGAGAAGAUGAACAGGGAGGCCGGCCAAGCUUUCGAGCAAGCAGCAAAAAUUCACAGGGAGAAGCUAAACGAGCCGGAUGAUGCGGCGAACAUAAUGGUGGACGCCUUCAAGGUCUACAAGAAAGAAUACCCCAACGACGCGGUGCGUUGCAUCAAGGCGGCCAUCGAACGAUACCAGGCAAAGGGCAACUUCCGGCGGGCCGCAACUCACCUAGAGAACGUUGCGGAAUUACUGGAGGUGGAGGUAGGCGACCGCAAGCAGGCGAUGGAGUUCUACCGUCAAGCGGCGCACUGGUACGAGGAGGACGGGGCAAAAGCGCUAGCGAACAAGCUCUGGCUGAAAGAAGCAGACAUCGCAGCACUCGAAGGCGACUACUACAAAGCGGUGCAAAACUUCGAGAAGGUGGCCGAUUCGUCGCUCGAGAACCACUUGAUGAAGUACUCGGUCAAGGACUACUGGUUCAAGGCAGGGCUCUGCAUCCUAGCAACCAAAGACCUCGUUAGUGCCCGUCGCAAUCUGGAGAGGUACAUGGAGAAAGACCCGUCGUUUGCGGGCCAGCGCGAGUGCCAGCUCCUGUCGGAUCUGAUCGAGGCUAUCGAAGCGGGAAAUCAGGAAGUGUUCACCGACAAGCUCUAUGCGUAUGAUCAGAUGAGCCGGCUUGACAAGUGGAAGACGGAGAUUCUGGUCAGGGUCAAAAACCAGAUCGAGGAGGCUGAUAGCGAAUUCUCGUGAGAUUUUGAUUGGUUGCUGUUCUGGCGUUUGGGAUUCGGAAGGGGAUGUAUAUCAUCUCGUUUGGGGUUUCCGGUUUUUGAGCACCCGACGGUCUGGCUAUGAUACUGUGGUGAAAUAGAGUGUGGUGUGAGGCGAUUCCUUUUCCUGAUCACCUUUUCAUCGCCAGGCUCAGUACUAGUAUACUACUGCCUGACUUAUUCACAUAGUCCAGGGGCUAGGAAGGGGGCCCAAGGGCGUUUUUGCAGGGGAAAGUCCGCCAAUAGACAACCCUGAUCUCUGUCUGCCACCCUUUGACCCUUAUCGCCUUUGCCCAUUGAGGUGGGGUUGCAAACUGAUAAAUGAUAACGCCCAACUUUUUUGGA